AUGACUGAGGGUCAAUUGGAAAUUCCAUCAUUAGGUAUUGAUGAUGCUUGUGUUAAUAAAGCAUUUGAGGAUGCCGAAGGUGAUGUUUUUGAAUUUGCAAAUUUGUUAGCUAAACAAGUUGGUCCUUUAGAUGAUGAAGAUGAACUAUUGCCAGAACAGAUUGUUAGUGAUGAUGAUAACUCUAAUACAAAAAAUUGGUAA